AUAAUCUAUUUUCAAUUCAAUUUUCUCGAUUUAGUUUGGUUCUUCGAUUUUUUAUGAGCAACCCUAGUGAUUGUUGGUUGUCAAAACUCAGAAGUGAUGCUCAAUUGAUUGUUAAAAAUAUCUGUUGGACCCCGGGGUUCAGCCUCCAUCGAGAAUUUCUGGCAUAUUGGAGGAUGAUUACUAGUAUUUGCUCCUCUAGAAUGCUAGAAUUUUGUAAUCGUGCAGCUCACAAGCUGUUGAGUUGCAAUAAAUUCUUAUGGAAUUGAUCACUGAGACUACAAUCCUCUAUCCUGGAGUAGAAGUCAUGUCUUUGGAAUUGAAUUUGUUGAAUGAAACAACCUUAUUGUAUGAAAUUUGUAGUUUUGAACCAAUUCAUGGACUAAUGAAUACCAUUUGCAGCAUUCUCCCCCCCCCCUUGAACUCCUCCUCCUUCGAACUCUCUGUGCUAUCUAUCCCUCUCUGGUUUUCCGGCGACGACAGUCGUGCUGUUAGAUAACCAGCACCAACGAGCCCACGCCAUGGCCCGAUGUAGCUAAGGUGUCAACAACUGGUCUUCGUCAUACUUAAAUUCUCUCCGUUGUUGGAUAAGUUCGUCUUCUCUUCAUAUUCUCGUGCUGACAAUCUUGGGUGUUGAUCCUCUAGGCCAAAAACAUAAAAAGAGAAUAAAAGGCUCACAGUUUUUCCUUCUCACGGUUCAUAACGGCACUAGUGAAGAAGCUACAGAUUUUCUCCGACAGAAACGUUUGACCUCCUGUUUCUCAAUGUACCGCACAAUCAUUGUCCUAAACUCCUAAUCUCCAAAUGCUCUGCCAUCCUGCUUCCCAACAAUUUCAAUGCCUCUUGAGCUUCGGGCUCGCCGGCGACUCCUGCAUCCAGCACCUCUAGCCCUGUCCAUCACGAGUCGCGGUCGUUGCUGUGAUUUAGUAAUAGAGGAGAGAGAGAGAGAGAGAGGAGCUGACCAGCGCCUUAAAUGGCAGUGGUGGAGAAAGCGGAGGAAGAGAGUUUUCGGUCGGGAAAGAAACACGGAGAUCGAGACUCAUGUUAGGACACGGAAGACAGACGGCCCCAAUCCAAAGGGAGGAGGCCAUGGAUAGGCUAAUUUGGGUUUUUAAUUUCUUUUUGAUCGGUUAUUAAUAGGGUGUGUAGCAUAACUGACCAGAUUUCACGCCUAAAAAAGAAACAGAAAACGGAAAAAGUGCUAAAUUCAGUGAACCAACGAGCUUGUUCACAUGACUUCUCUGCGUUUCCUGGGAAUACCUGAUCCUACAACCAUCUCUUCUCACAAAACCCUAAUUUCUGCUCCUCUUCUUUCUCUUAUCAGACCAAGAAGGAGGAGGAGGAGGACCGAUUUCUACAAUUUGUUGCUCCUCUUCCUUCUCUUAUCAGACCAAGAAGAAGAAGAGAGGAAGGAGGAGGAGAACCGAAUUCUACAAUUACAACGAAUUGUAGAGUUCGGUUCGUCCUAAAUUAUCAACUUGGUUUGUCCUAAAUCUAGGCUCUGAAAAUGAUGAGAAGUACUUGGCGUCGCAUUCAGGAUAAUACUGAAGAUCAGGGCCUGGUGGUCGUUGCAAUUGACACGGACAAGGGCAGCCAGCACGCGCUAAGAUGGGCGGCAGAUCAUUUAAUAUCCAAGGGGCAGAUCUUCGUCCUCCUUCAUGUUCGCAAGCCUCCUACAAUCCCUACUACAACUGGGAAACAAGUUCCUCUCUCAGAAGUAAAUGAAGAGGUUGCAUCUACAUUCCUUCAACAGUUUGACCUGCAGACAAAAGAAGUAUUCCUUCCUUUCCAGUGUUACUGCAAUAGAAGAGGGCUACAAUGCAAGGAGGUCAUCAUAGAUGACACAGAUGUACCAAAAGCCAUUGUCGAUUAUGUUGUGGAAGAAUMUGUUGAUAAACUUGUCCUUGGGGCAAGUUCAAGAAAUGUCUUGACAAGUCUUAAUUUAUUUGGCAGUUUCUUUAAGGGUACAGAUGUGUCCACUGCAGUCUCAAAAGCUGCUCCAGAUUUCUGUUCUAUAUAUAUUAUAUCAAAGGGAAGGAUAUCUUCAGUUCGACCUGCUUCUCAUCCUAAUACUACGAAGAGACGGCCAGCUCGCAAAUUUGAAUCUUCUGGAAACUUUCAGUCUACUAAAAGUGAUCCAAAUGCAGCAUCUCUCCAAGUAAAAAGUGAUGUCCAAAGAAUUGGACGAGGUCAAGAAGGGGAGUUUUCUACAAGAAGCUAUGAUGGCAACAUGCAUAAAAGGAUUAAUCCAGAAUUUUUAUAUCCAAGUACAGCUUCAUGUCCAAACCCAGGUAGGACUGGCAUUGAUCAACAUCUUAAUUACUACCAACAAGAUUAUGUAGAUGUUGGGGUUCAGAAGUCACAUUUCUCAAAUCUGCACCAAGAUCCCAAUGCACAUAUUAGAAGCCUCGAUUUGAGUACAUUUAGAAAGCAGAAAUUGUCUGGAGGAUUGAAUUUGCAUGAACUUUCACACCAGAGUACUGAAUCUUAUUGCUCUGCAGAAUCACUGGAAGGAGAGGAAGCGGAAUUAGGUAGGCUGAAGCAUGAAUUUCAUCCAAUGAUGGGUGUGCAUAACAAGGCUAAAGAUCUUGACUCAUGGAUGGCUGGGAAGAAAGGGAUAGGAGAAAACUUUGCAGAGGAAAUGGCAGGAAAUGAGAAAGAGAGAUUUAAAUUAGCACAGGGAGAAGAUCAAGCUGCCCAAAUGGAGAAGAUGAAAGUCUGUGAUGCUUCUCCAGAUUUUCAGUAUAAGAGAUAUACUAUUGUGGAAAUUCAGAAGGCCACAAAUAAUUUCUCAGAUAAUCUCAAGAUUGGUGAAGGUGGAUAUGGACCUGUUUUCAAAUCCACUCUCGAUCACACUCUUGUUGCUAUCAAGAUUCUAAGGUCUGAUGCUGAUCAAGGAAUGAAACAAUUUCAGCAGGAGGUGGAAGUUUUGAGCUGCAUCCGCCACCCAAAUAUGGUCAUGCUUCUGGGUGCCUGCCCUGAAUAUGGAUGCCUUAUAUAUGAAUAUAUGGCUAAUGGCAGCCUAGAAGAUCGACUCUUCUGCAGGAACAACACUCCCCCUCUCACCUGGCAGUUACGCUUUAAGAUUGCUGCAGAUAUUGCAACAGGACUACUCUACCUACACCAGAUGAAGCCAGAACCUUUAGUUCAUCGUGACCUCAAGCCGGCGAACAUCCUUCUCGACACCAAUUUCAAUAGCAAAAUUGCUGAUGUUGGCCUGGCACGCCUUUUACCGCCUUCUGUUGCUGAAGCUAUAACCCAAUAUCGCAUGACGGCUGCUGCUGGGACCUUCUGUUACAUUGAUCCUGAGUAUCAGAAGACUGGACUGCUGGGAAUGAAGUCUGACGUCUAUGCCCUUGGCAUCAUCCUUUUGCAGCUCAUCACUGCACAGCCUCCAAUGGGACUUGCUUAUAACAUGGAGGAAGCAAUGGACGCUGGUGAGCUGGAGGAGAUGUUGGACCCUAGGGUAAAUGACUGGCCGAUGAAGGAGACUGUUGAGUUUGCAAAACUUGCGCUGAAGUGUUGUGAGCUUCGGCGGAAGGACCGACCCGACUUAGGUAAUGUAGUUCUGCCAGUGCUGAACCAACUGAGGGAUUUCGCCUGUCAGUCACUACCAAAUUUGUUUCUCUGAAUGAGCACAGUUACACAAAUUGUUAAAGGUUAGGAAGAUGUCGGUUUUUUUUUUUGGGGGGGGGGGUUCCUUUUUACUAACUUGAAUAAGUGCUGUAAGGAUAAUGGGCUACCAGUGUGCUACAUCCACCUCCUACAGGCAUGGUAUUUUUCUCCAAUUUUUUUGAUAAAAA